UUGGUUUAGUUUAGUACUGUUGCUGUUGUUUAUGUCUAUUAUAAAACUAAUAUUUUGCAAACAACUGUCAAUCGAUAGAAACACUCGCACUACAGAGCUUGAGUUUAUCGAUAUAUUCAGCAACUGUAGCUCAGGGCAGCCGGACUACUGGCCCUACACUGUCGUCAACGAUUUGGUAUGUUUUGAGGGACUGGUAGUCGAUAUCAAUUGCGAACUGUUUAGUAAACCGCCGCCGCUUAAGGCAACCGCUAGAUAUCUGUUACGUUAUAAUGAUAGUCAAUGGGCGCCUAUUGUUGUCGUAUAUACUGAUUGGCAAAACACACAAAAUGGUAAUUAUAUUGAUACACUGAGGACAGGUACAGUAAUGGACGGCCCAUACAAUAUGAUUGGCGCACCUGUAGUCUAUAAGGCCAGAUACAAUGGUAAAUGGUUUGACCAGCAGUGCCAUAAACGGUCGGGUGUUACCAAGCUCAAUUAUCCUGUAACAACUAUCCAGAUUGGAAAUAUAAAAUGUUUGGCCAAAUAUAUGGUCAUCAAAUUUAAGCCGGGUCUGGUCAGCGCAAAGUUGAUUAAUAAACAAUAG